CAGUUAUGUAUUUACCCAUUCAUCAUCACAAACCUCCCUUUGAAAGGCCUCCUCAAUUUGUGUUAGUUCGUCUAAGACUUCAACCUGUAAAAGGAGGUUAAGAAAAUCAAUCGCCCUGUAGUUUGCUGCUAUAGUCAAUUCCAUCCGUCUUGAUUCUUGAAGGAUGCCGGUGAGAGUUUCCGAGAAUUCUGUACCCUCGCAAAUUCCAGGUUCAUGUUCUGAGCACACCUCUCCUCCACCUUGUACCUUACUUAGAGUUGGGCAGGCAUUUUCUGGAACUCAAAAUGUUUCCAGUGUACAAAAGGACGAAGCUUGGAGAGUCAAUGUACGUAUACAAGGUUGUGACCUAGAGCAUGGAUAUCUGUGUGGCACAAUGGAAGCUCUUAAUGUUCCAAUGGCAGAUACACCGGUGGUGACUUUUUGGGAAGGGGAAAUUGUUGAUACCAAGAAUUAUACCUUCUUCACUGGAAAAUGGGAGGCAACGCCUGAGGAUGAUAUUAGGCACUGGACAAAAUUUCAGUCCUUUGCACCCCUUUUGAGUCAAGUAGAGGUUGAUGGUGGGAAGUCACUGGACUUGAGUAACUAUCCAUUCAUUUUCAUGAGAUGGAAGGAACAGUAUUUUGUAAGUGUUGGUACUGACUGCGGCUUAACAAUAGCGGGCUUUUAUUAUGUAUGCUUCUCCUGUAGUGAUGGCUCCAUUCAUGGCUUCUACUACGAUCCUAAUAGCAGUCCUUUCCAGAAGCUGGAGUUAAAAUCUAGUAAUGAAGGGAGGUAUGGCUUCAGUUUUUCAACAUACGAUUGCAAUGAAGAUUGUAUAAUCACAAUAGUGAAUGCUGUUGAAACUGCCCUGACUAAAGAUCCCAAAUGCAAAUUCAGAUUUAUUAGAAGUGGACUUUUUAAAAUUAGGGGUGCGUGGUUGUAAAUCAAAGUUGUAAGAUUCUCGAUUUCAGUUGUACACAUUUACAUUCAAUUAUUCAUAGAAUGGGUACCAAAAUCAAGAAAUGUUGUUCCAACAACUUGAGUGUCCUUUGAUGCUUUGUUUUUGGUAGGGAGCCAUGAGUAAUUGAUAGAACUUAUUUCCA